UUGUAGCCAUGGGUAAGCCAAGUGGCUUGAAAACAGCCCGUAAGUUGCGAGUGCAUCGCCGUGACCAGAGGUGGCACGAUCUGGGAUACAAGAAGGCUCAUUUGGGAACAAGGUGGAAGGCCAAUCCUUUCGGAGGAUCCUCUCACGCUAAAGGAAUCGUGUUGGAGAAGGUCGGUGUUGAGGCCAAACAGCCUAACUCUGCUAUCAGGAAGUGUGUUCGAGUUCAGCUUAUCAAGAACGGAAAGAAAAUCACAGCUUUCGUCCCUAAUGAUGGUUGUUUGAACUACAUUGAAGAGAACGAUGAGGUUCUCAUCUCUGGAUUCGGACGAUCUGGUCACGCCGUCGGAGAUAUUCCCGGAGUCAGAUUCAAGGUUGUCAAAGUCGCCAGUGUAUCACUCCUCGCUUUAUACAAACAGAAGAAAGAACGACCUAGGGCUUAGAUUCAUUUCAGUUUUUAUUUAUUGAAAAAAAA